AUGGGUGUCGACUCGCGCAUGAGGUCCGAUGUGGUCCAAGUCUCGCCGAAGAAGGAGUCGAGAAGCGAGCCAGUCGACAGAGAGAAGACCUGCCCCAUGCUGCUCCGAGUUUUCCACUCGAAAGGACGACACAACCGGCCAGAUGACUUUUCGCGUAAUCAAACUCCAGACAAUGAACUGCAAGUCUACACCUGGAUGGACGCGACGCUCAAGGAAAUCACCAAUCUCGUCCGCGGCGUCAAUCCAGAAACGCGCAAGAGAGGAACUGAAUUCCACUUUGCCAUCGUCUACCAGGAUACGAGAAUGAACCGAUAUCGAGUGAAGGAAAUUGGAAAGACUGUCUCUGGAGGAAAGUCUGGCGAUGAGAAUCUCUCCCUGCAAGACUCCAAGUUUCAGAUUGGCGACUUUAUGGACAUAGCAAUUAGAGAUGGUCGACGAGACGGCCCAAUGCGCGACGAGCGACGGCGAUACCGACCGUACUAG